AUGGUCAUCAAAUCUCGCUUCCAGAUCACAUUUCCAAACUGUUCAAUCCAGUCAUGGAUACUUGGUUCCUGCUCCGGGCCUCUACCCUAUCCAGACAACAAAGCCUGGGUCGAUGCAGAUGAUCCAGAGAACAACUAUGUCACAUAUGCCUCUGCUAGGCUUUUGGCUAAACGUCUGGCCGCUGGUCUCACUUCUCAUGGCCUUCAGCCUGGCGAUCGUGUUCUCGUCAUUGCUGGGAAUAGUGUCAUUUACCCUUGCGUUAUGUUGGGUAUAUGGAUGGCGGGCGCCGUCUUCACCGGGGCGAAUCCUGGGUAUCUUGCCCGCGAACUAGCCUUCCAGCUAAGAGACAGCGACGCAAGAAUGAUGCUUGUUGCACCGGAACAAUGGGGGGUUGCACUCGAGGCCGCCAACAUUGUGGGAAUGCCUGUGGAGAACAUUUAUCAACUGGAUAAUACCGUGCCAGAUUCUAAGGAAAAUGACCAUUCGCAUGACCCUCAACAUUGGUUGAGCCUCGUUGCAUCAGAAGAAAAGGGGCAGUCCUAUGAGUGGCAAGAGCCCACGGACCCAAAAUCUGCUAUAUGCGCGCUCAACUACAGCUCCGGAACGACCGGUCUUCCAAAAGGCGUUGAAGUUACGCACUUCAAUCUAGUCGCAAAUGGUCACAGCACUGUCGCUCUCCACAAGCUGCAUCCUGAGUACAAACAGCGUACCGAACGAGCGGCGGCAUUGUGUAUCUUGCCAAUGUUCCACGCCUUCUGCCAAGGGUACUAUAUCAGCAGCUUCCCUCACGAAGGGAUCCCAGUGUACAUUAUGCAAAGGUUUGAUCUCUUGAAAAUGCUGCGACACAUCGCCACAUUCCGCAUCACCAAGUUUCUCGCAGUACCACCAAUCUUUGUGGCCAUGUCAAAGCACCCCAUCGCCCGAAAAGCGGACCUGAGCAGUCUCGAUAUGGUAGGCAGUGGCGCUGCUCCCUUGGCAGAGGAAACUCGAAAGGAGGUGAGUAACCUACUGUCGAGUAGCGGUGAGAAGAUGAUCCGUGAGGGAUGGGGAAUGACAGAAUUGACCUGUACUGGGUUGGGCUGGGAUCCGUUGACCCCCGCCGAAGUUGGUGUCGGGGAACUCAUGCCUGGGUGCAUGGCCAAACUGUUUGAUCUUGAAACUGGCAAAGAAAUAUCCGAGCCAGGCGUUCCAGGGGAAUUGUACAUAUCAGCCCCGGCGUUGAUGCUGGGGUACUGGCGCAAACCGGAAGCCACCAGGCAGGUCAUAUCGGUCGAUGCAGACGGCAAUCGGUGGUUGCGCACUGGGGAUAUUGCCUAUGUUACUCCCAAGUAUUCAGCAGGCGCCAUAUUCCGCAUCGUGGAUCGAGCAAAGGAGCUCAUCAAGGUUCGAGGUUUCCAAGUAUCUCCGUCAGAGCUUGAUGCACUUCUUCUCGAAAGACCAGAUGUUGCCGAUGCUGCUGUUGUAGGGGUUUCCAUCAAUGGGGAAGAAGCCCCCAGGGCAUACAUCGUCCCGAUGCCAGGCCGACCUAAACCAUCCGAGAUCGAAGUACAGGAUUGGGUCAAAGAUAGGGUGGUUCAUUAUAAGAGACUUCGUGGAGGCGUUGUGUUCGUUGAUGCUAUCCCAAAAAAUCCAGCUGGCAAGAUUCUAAGAAAGGUACUUCAGGAAAGGGCGAGGAUUGAGGUGGAAAAGACUACGGCAAGGCUAUAA